GAGCGGAUCCAGUUCAGUGUGCGGCCAGCCGCUAGCCGAGCAGGGGACCGCCACGCGCGCGCAUCCCCGUCAGCACCCUCACAUUGUGCAGUUGCUGUUGUGCCGUUCGACGUCAAGCCGAUUCGGCGAACCCUUUGGAUUAGUGACGCAGUCCCGGAGCCCGCCGAGGCCUUGUGUGUGUUUGUGCUGUGUUCAGAUAAUUCGGAAUCGAAUCGUGCUGUUUUAAAAUAAUAUCUGUGAGUGAGUGCGGUAAGGUCCUGGUGGAGGUCCUGACACCGAAUUGUGCUUUGUGUUCGGCCCACGGGUCGAGAAGAAUUUAAUUUGUGACAAAAUCAACAUCUCUACACCUUGAACUUUGGAUACGACGCAUCUUUCGCUGCUAAAAAGGGGGCGCCCAUCAGCUCCUCUCAUAUCUUCUUCGCCUGCUGGGCCAAGUCGAGUAGUGGGUGGUGCGGCCGGAUGUCUUUAGACGUCGUGACGACGACAUGACGCUGCUGGACGCCAUGGCCGCCAAGGUGGUCGCGCUCGUGCUGGGCGCGGCUGCGCUGCUCGCAGCCCCCGCCGCCUCCACCGUGGAGCAGCUGUCACCGGACCAUGUCCGGGAGUUCUCCUGCGGCAAAAUGUUCUACCGAGUCAUGCACCUGGACGAACUCAAGGACUCGCUGUACGUCGGGGCCAUGGACCGGGUGUUCCGGCUGAAUCUCGCCAAUAUUUCCCAGUCGAGUUGCGACCGCGACUCUCUCAGCCUCGAGCCCAGCAACGUGGCGCAGUGCGUGUCCAAAGGAAAGUCAGAGCAAUUUGACUGUCGGAACCACAUCAGAGUGAUCCAACCGAUGGGUGACGGCGGCCGCCUAUACGUCUGCGGGACCAACGCACACAACCCAAAGGACUGGGUGAUAUACUCGAACCUGACGCACCUGCCACGCCACGAGUACGUCCCGGGGGUUGGCACAGGGGUCGCAAAGUGCCCUUACGACCCUUCGGACAACUCUACUGCCGUCUGGGUGGAGCGAGGCAAUCCUGGUGACUUGCCCGGCCUGUACUCGGGGACCAACGCCGAGUUCACCAAAGCCGACACCGUCAUUUUCCGCACGGACUUGCACAACCUGACCACGGGGAGGAGAGAAUACACUUUCAAGAGGACAUUGAAGUACGACUCCAAGUGGCUCGACAAACCCAACUUUGUGGGCUCUUUUGACAUCGGAAAUUAUGUCUACUUCUUCUUCCGUGAGACGGCAGUUGAAUAUAUCAAUUGCGGUAAAUCAGUAUACUCGCGAGUCGCUCGUGUAUGUAAGAAGGAUACAGGCGGCAAGAAUAUCUUGUCGCAAAACUGGACUACCUACCUGAAGGCCAGACUGAACUGUUCUAUUCCUGGAGAAUUUCCAUUCUACUUCAAUGAAAUACAGAGUAUAUACAAAGUCCCUGGAGAUGAUAGUCGCUUCUAUGGUACAUUCACCACUUCAACCAAUGGGCUGAUGGGUUCAGCUAUUUGUUCAUUCACAAUUGAAGAUAUUGAAGAUGCUUUCCGAGGAAAAUUCAAGGAGCAGGCCCAUUCCUCCUCAGCGUGGCUCCCCGUUUUAAAUACCCGUGUCCCUGAUCCUCGCCCUGGUGAAUGUGUGAAUGACACUGAAACUCUGCCUGAUUCUGUCCUCAACUUUAUCCGCUCUCACCCACUUAUGGAUGCUGCUGUAUCUCACGAACGUGGGGUUCCCGUAUUCUUUAAGCGAGAUUUGAUCCUUACUCAUCUAGUUGUUGACAAAAUUAAUAUCAAUGUAGAUGGUGAAGAGAGGAACUAUGUUGUUUACUACACUGGCUCUAAUGUUGGUCGAGUGUACAAAGUGGUGCAAUGGAUUAAAUCUGACGGUGAACCUCAAUCUAUUCUUCUUGAUGUGUUUGAUGUGACCCCAGGAGAACCCAUUAGGUUGAUGGAAAUUUCACGCCAGCAAAAGUCGCUUUACGUUGCAUCUGACCACCGCAUUCGUCAGGUUGACCUGGUCAUGUGCAAUAGACGUUACAAUAAUUGUCUACGAUGUGUCCAUGACCCUUACUGUGGUUGGGAUAAAGACACUUCAACUUGUAAAAGCUAUGAAUAUGGUUUGCUUCAGGAUGUUUCUAAUGACACUGCUGGUGUUUGUGACUCAUCAGUCCUAAAGAAAAAGUUAGUUGUGACAUGGGGUCAGUCUAUCCACUUAAGCUGCUUUUUGAAAAUGCCUGAAGUCCUAAGGUCACAAACUGUUACUUGGUACCAUUAUUCCAAAGAGAAAGGCCGUUACCAAAUUCAAUUCAGGGCUGACAAAUAUAUUGAGACUUCUGAGCAUGGCUUAGUAAUACUAGGUGUAACAGAAGCCGAUGCUGGACGCUAUGACUGUUGGAUGGGAGGUUCGUUACUAUUAUCUUACAACAUCACUGUUGAUGCACACCGUUGUCUUUCACCAAAUAAAAGCCAAGACUACCAGAAAAUAUAUUCAGACUGGUGCCAUGAAUUUGAAAAGUAUAAAAUGGCAAUGAAAACAUGGGAACGGAAACAAGCAGUGAGUCAAAAUCUUUUAGUAAUGUUUCUUUUUACUCGUUCUUUACCUCCACUCUCACUUCCCUCUUGGAGGUGGGAGAACGAGUAUUGUGCUUGGUCUGGUGUAAUUUAGCGACUCGAUUCAUCUCGGUAACCCCAACACCUACAACUAUGCCAGUUGUAUCAAACUGUAGGUCUUGGCGGCCUCACCAAUCCAUAAUAGACGUUUUUUUCGGUUUAUUACGCAAAAUUGAAAGAAAUUUCAGAAAUAAGGUCGAAAAAAUCGCCGGUCGAGCGUGCGUUUCGGAUGGUUUUUCUACACGGACAAAUAUCUUAAUAGAGAUAAGUUUUACCUGAAAAAAAUUGGCUAAACAACUAAAAGUAGGCUAGCCGUUAAUGUUUCAACUUAAAACAAUCAUAUUAUAACCUUUUUUGGUUCUCAUAAUGAUUAAAACCUAUCUCAAAUGAAAUUCUUCUAACACGAAAAAAACAAUCAAGCGCAUGCGCGAACAGCGCCAUCUAUUGAGAAAAGCUAAAAC